AUGAGGGACAUUCUGAGCAUCGGCGGGGAACCCGUCUUCGACGAUCGCAUCGUGAAGAUCGAGAGUCACACGUACAAUCCGUACGCCAACACCACUUUCGGAUACAGCGACGAGAUACGAAUACCCAUACAACAGCAGGACCUAUACACGCUGCCGUGCGAGAGUUUUCUCUACGUCGAAGGUAGACUGCACGCGAGGAACAAUCCGCCGCCCGCGUCGAGCGGCGAAUCGGGUAAGUCCGCCUCGGCCUCUAAGGAGCCGUCCGUGCCCUCGACGCCGGCGUGGCUCGCGAACAAUUGCGUCGCCUUUAUGUUCGAGGAGAUACGUUACGAGCUCGAUGGCGUGGAGAUCGAUCGUAAUCGCAACGUCGGAAUAACCAGCACGAUCAAGAACUACGUCUCGUUGACGGCCGAACGAGGCAAGAUCUUGAAGAACGCCGGAUGGGAUCUCGCGACUGGACCGAGCGGCGUCGCGUCGACGGGCGACUUCAACUUCUGCGUUCCUCUCGACACGCUGCUAGGAAUUGAGCCGAGAGUCGAGCUCGCGAAGAUACAGUGGCGCGUGCCGCACGUGGUGCUGAAUGACGUCAACAAAUUAUCGCUGUUGCGCACGUUGGACAGCGGCAGAUAUCUGAGCGCGCCCUUUCGCUCGUGGGAUCUCUACGAGUUUCCGCUCCUGCAGAGCACGACCAAACACUCGUGGGCCGUAAAAGCGGCCACGCAGCUCGAGAAACCGCGUUACGUCAUCUUCGCGUUGCAGACCGGAAAGAAGAACGUCCUGUCGCAGGACGCUUCCAGAUUCGACGCGUGCAAUCUGACCAACGUAAAGUUGUAUCUCAAUUCCGACUUCUAUCCGUACGACGAUAUGAAUUUGGACUUCGACAAGAACAAAAUCGCCGUACUGUACGACGCCUACGCGAGAUUUCGACGAACGUAUUACGGAUCCGCGAGCGACGAGACGCUCCUGACCAUGAACAAAUUUCUAUACUGCGGCCCGCUCGCGGUGAUAGAUUGUUCCCGCCAAAACGAAGCGAUUAAGAGCGCCACUGUGGACGUUCGUCUAGAAUUCGACUGCAAGGACAACGUUCCUUCUAACACCACGGCGUACUGUCUAAUCAUUCACGAUCGCGUGGUGGAGUACAAUCCGUUGACGAACGUCGUGCGUAAGAUCCUGUAA